GAAGGAACGCGGCAGGAUAUCGUUUGAGGCAAUCUUAUGCUGUUCAGUGUCCACACACUGUCUUUGGCGGCGAUCUCGUGGAGCUGCUGUAGAGUAUCCAAUGGGCGUCUCGAUCCAGGCGUGCCCCCACCAGCCCACGCAGCGUCCCAAUCGUGGUGGCUGCGCCUGGGAGAUUAGGAGCAUCGGGCCCCUGCUUGCCUUUGGUCGAAAUUUGAAGCUAUGCUAUUCCUCGACGCCUUGGCAAUUUCUGAAACGACGGGACCCCCUUGAACGGUCAUCAUGGACCCACAUAAUAAGUCCGAAAAAGGAUGAGUGGCAGCGACGACCGAACCAACUUCCGGCUUGUUUUGGAGGGGGAAAGGCAAGAAAAGGGAAGGGGCCGUCGCAGCGAAACAGGAAGAGGACCGCCAUCUUUGUCCAGACGGUACCGCCGCUGCACUCGUCAAAAGAAACAAAUCCGGGUUCAUGCGACGAUCGAACAAAGGAGGCUCUGCCGGGCCUUGCCAGGGGGAGGCAGAGUUGUAUCAAGCACCAGAGCGCCCUCCUUUCUCGUCGCCUCCACCGUACAUCUCAUGCGUCCUCAGUCAGCGCCAACGUCCUCUCUCUUUUUUUUUUUUUUUUUUUUUUUUUUUUUUUUUUUUUUUUUUUUUUUGGAACGAAGGAUGUAAAGGAUGACGGUGGUGUUUUCCCUUCCCUUCCUAGGUGGUGUGGAGAGCGAGGCAGAGGGACAUGGGACGAAUCGGUGGGUUACCCCAUCUCUAGACAGGGAGAUUAACCAACGGUGAGACCAAGUAGUUUAUAGCAAGCGCAUAUACGAGCAACAACUAUUACACUAUAUUGGUUCCAAAUCUGCUAGAGAGACAAUAUUCAUCAUUAUGGUUGCCGCUCGUCAGGUAAAGGUAUCAUUCCGAAAGGAGGAACCCACGAUACAAGCAGUCCCAUGCCUCGGCAUAUAUCCCUUAGCAAGGUUAGCAGGGAUUUUGUCAAGUGCAGGGUCGGAAGGAUGUCUCUGCUUGGCAAAUGCAGUCCCCACUCUGG